GGAAAAGUUGCCAAUUGCCUGAACCUGACAUCCAGAGAGACCGUGGCUGUGAAAAUCAUGAAGAAGGAUAUUGAAUUCAUCCAGGACAUUGAAGAUGAGGUGUUAGAAGCAACAACAUCUCACAGAAGAUAUGGUGGUUUCCUCACAACUUGGAAACAACAGCAACAGUUCUGGAUCUUGCCCUGGGGAAAUCCAGCAUGUGUCCCUCACCGUCCUCCUGUGCAUUGUCUAUAUCGUGGGCUUCUUCCUCAAUGCUUUCAGCCUCUGGGUCUUCUGCUGCCGGCUGUCCAAUUGGACCUCUGGGACUACCCUGCAGUUCCACCUGGCUCUCAGCGACGCAAUUGCAACACCAGCCAUUCCCAUGAUUGCUGUAUACUUUGCCACAGGCAACAACUGGCUGUUUGGGAGGCUCCUGUGCCAGGUCAAGAUUGCUCUGCUUAGUCUGCAUUUCUAUGGCAGCACUGUGUUUCUCACACUCAUCAGCAUCCAUCGGUAUACAGCUGUGGUGCGCUUCAACAAAAGCUCCCCUAUAAAGCGGAAGCAGUUUGUCAGGAAGCUGUGUGCGGGAGUUUGGUUUGUGCUUCUGAUCCAGGCUCUGACCUUUGCUGCCAUGCUUCCUCCCAGUAAAGAUGACAAUAACAGUCAGUGUUUCUCCAUACAUCAGCACGACCUGACAAACAUCUACUUCAUCAUAAAUUUUAUCCUGCUCAUCUUUGGGUUCCUUCUCCCGUUCCUUGUGUCUGCUGUUUGCUACACCCUUCUGGCAGGCACCUUAGGCCGCCUCAACAUCAGCACACCCCAAGGUCUAAAAGUCAAGGUGAAAUCUCAGAGAAUGGUCGGCAUGUGUCUGCUAAUAUUUGGCCUGUGUUUUCUGCCUCUGAAUGUGGUACGAACUGUGGCAGUGAUUAUCAAAAAAUACUACCCAGACAAAUGCCACUUUCUCCAGCAGUGUGAGAAGGCUUACUAUGCGUCCUGGUUAUUGGCAGGAGUGAACAGUUCCCUGGAUCCAUUCUUGUACUGUUUUGGUUCACAGAAGUUUCAAAAUGCAUUCCGGUCUUUAAGGGUUCGGCAGGUGGAUGGUCCGAACAGAAGCGACUCAGAAGGGACUGGAAAUCAGUAGCAUGCAGGCCAGGAUUUAGAGUUAUUGGACAGAACAGGUUUAGAUCAAGUGAGGGU